AUGCCUUAUUCCUUCCACCACCGAUUACCGUGCAGUUCACCGUCUAGUGUACAACCGAUGGACCUAAACACUCACUCGGCAGUUUCGGCCGCAGCAGCCGCUGCAGCUGCGUCAGCCGCUGUUUACAGUCAGUCAAUUAGUAUGACAGAUCUCUCGCAGAUGACACCUCCGAGUGCGGUGGCGGCAGCGACCACCGCUGCUGGUCUCCCAACUGUAAUACCACGUCACCUACCAAUUAUUACCAGUGCGAUAGCGUCGAAUCCCACUGUGAUUUCUGACGGGAGCGGCAGUUCCGUCAGCGCUUCUGGUGGAAGUGUAGCUGAUAGUGGUGGUAAUGGAAGUGGCGGUCGUACACCCAAUGGUUCAGUGGCAACUAACAUCGAUCUGGAAACGACAGGCAGCAUCGGUGGCUCCAUUGGCAAUAGAGGAGAGAGUAACAGCAGUGGAAUUUCGGAAAACAAUGUUGAACCAGGUAGCCAGCAACAUUUGCAAGUCAGCCAACAACAACCUCACCCUCAAGGUGGCCAAUAUAUGACGCGACUAGAAUAA